AUGCCCUUAGAGUGGGUUUUGGGGCGUGACAUGCCUUGUGAAGCUCACCUAUCUCCAACAUUCUAUGAUCAUACCUGUCCAAGAGCACUCAACACUAUCCGUAAAUGUAUACUUGUUAGUGGCCCAACAUGGACAGUGAAGCUUGGAAGAAGAGACUCCACCACUUCUGGGCUCAGCCUAGCUGCAACCAACCUACCAAGCUUUAGGGACAGCCUCGACAAACUUAUUUCCUUGUUCGGCAGCAAAGGUUUGAGUGCAAGAGACAUGGUGGCGCUUUCUGGUUCUCAUACAAUUGGCCAAGGAAGAUGCGUGACAUUCCGGGAUAGGAUAUACAAUGGAACUGACAUUGACGCUGGCUUUGCCAGUACCCGGAGACGCCGCUGUCCUGCUGAUAAUGGGAAUGGUGAUGCCAAUCUUGCACCUCUUGAGAAAGGUCUUCUUCAAUCCGACCAAGUGCUUUUUAGUGGAGGAUCCACCGACUCUAUUGUCAAUGAAUACAGCAAGAGCCCAAAAACUUUCAGGUCUGACUUUGCAUCUGCCAUGCUGAAGAUGGGAGAUAUUGAACCUCUCACCAGAUCUGCUGGAGUGAUACGAAAAUUCUACAAUGUCAUAAACUAA